CGCGCACACCGUGGAGCUGCUACGGGACCCGCGCCGCUUUUCUGUCUCCUGCGCGCCCGGGAUGGGGCAGCGGACGGUGCCUCGGUUGUUGCCGCCGCCGCUGCUGCUGCUGCUGCUGGCGGCGGCGGCGGGCGGCGGCAGGGCGCAGGGGUGCGAGGGCCAGGGCCGCUGGCCGGUUCCCUACAGGCGCUUCGAUCGCCGUCCCCGGCCGGAUCCCUUUUGCCAGGCUCGCUACACCUUCUGCCCCAGCGGCUCUGCCCUUCCGGAGAUGCGGGAGACGGACGCCCUGGCCGUGUACCGCUUGCAGGCUCCCGUCUGGGAGUUCAAGUACGGAGGGCUUCUGGGACACUUGAAAAUUAUGCACGAUGCCGUGGGCUUCAGGAGCUCCUUGACUGGGAAGAACUACACCAUGGAGUGGUACGAGCUUUUCCAGCUUGGGAACUGCACCUUCCCACACCUGCGGGCUGAAGACUCCGCCCCCUUCUGGUGCAACCAGGGGGCAGCCUGCUUCUAUGAAGGGAUUGAUGAUGCCCACUGGAAGGAAAAUGGCACCCUGGUCCAGGUGACUACGAUUUCAGGAGCGAUGUUCAAUCAAAUGGCAAAAUGGGUGGAAUAUGACAACGAAACUGGCAUUUAUUAUGAGACCUGGAUGGUCAAAAGCAGCCCAGAAAAAAAUUCCCGCGUCUGGUUUGAAGCUUAUGAAUGCUCCAAAUUCGUGCAAAGGACCUACCAGAAGCUGGCUGAGCUGGGGGCGGUUUUCAAGAAGAUCCAAACCAAUUAUACCACCAUUACUCUCUUCAGCGGGGAGCCUGUUUGCCUGGGCAAUGAGACGAGUCUCUUUGGACUGCCGGGAAACAAAUCUUUGGCGUUGGCUAUUAGGAAUUUCUACCUGCCUUUCAAACCGUACCACUCGGUGAAGGAGUUCUUCGUUAACCUAUUGAAGAUACUUGAGGAGGUAGUUCUGGAUCAUCGGUUUUAUUUGUUUUAUAAUCUGGAAUAUUGGAUUUUGCCCAUGAAGUAUCCUUACAUGAAAAUAGCGUAUGAAGAAAUCCCGCUGCCUGAUUCCAAUGCUACCAAAUUCAAUGCGUAAUCCUUGCCUGUUUUAACCCACUUGUCAUGCCCCUAUCGGAGUCUGAAUCCGAAUAGCUGACAGGGAGUGGGAGUGUGGCUCCGUUGGCUGUGGAGGAAACUGGGGAAGGGCAAAGUCCAGCU